AUGGAAGAACUACAUGCAGCAGCCUUAGCCUACUAUUCCAAUGGUUCUCCCGAACUUCAGCGUCUGGCAUGGUCUUUCUUCCAAUCCAUGGACACAAACAACGAUGGCCGAAUCAGCUCCUCAGAGUUUUAUGAAUUUCUGCAGCAAAGCGGAUACGGCUGGAUUGUUAACGACCCCAGUUUCUUCACGAAACUAGAUCGAAAUGGCGACGGUGGCCUGGAUUUCUACGAAGUGCUCACCUUCUACUACAUCGUCAAAACGAGGAACAUCUUGUGCCAAGGGUGUAGAGUGUACCUUUGUGGCUUGUAUUUCACCUGCGUUGCUUGCUUUGAUGUAGGAGCUGGCCAUCAUCAGGGCACCUAUGAUCUCUGUGCUGCCUGCUACGGCGUCAAGAAUUUUUAUCACCACCAUACGUAUUUCUUGGAUAACCAUGUCUUGCUGCGAUCCAAAAGAGGCCUUCCUCCUUGUGCUAGCCCCGAUCUCAAUAAGGUGAAGUGCUUGUUUCGUUAUUUGGAUCAUCGUUUGCUAAUCACUUUUACGAGGGUGCUUAGCAAGAUAAUUGAGAUGUGGUAUAUGUUAAUGGUUCUUAUCUAG